CAAUGAUGGCAUCACCGAGGAGCCCAUCCCAAACCACCCUCGAGCUCGGCCCGGGGACGAACCGUCGGAGUCAAUCCUGUUGGAUUACAACUGAAGAAUUGGGUCAUCGCCUCAACUAAAACUAGAAAUUUUUAUAAACAAUUUAAGGGCUAUCUUAGUCUAUCUACUUUUGUUUUAGAUUAUGUGAAUGACCUUUUUGACGUGACCGUUUUUCUGUUGCAGGCCAAGUUGCUGUUGUCGCAGUGGUGACCCUGACGUUUGCACGCGCAUGCUGGUGUCCCUGGUGGUGGGGCGGACUCGGUCGGACCUCAUAUGACGACGACGGCGGUGUCUGACGCGGUGCUCUUGUUGCAGGAGGCGAGCGCAGCUCCUUCAGCGGGGCGUCCUUCCGGGGGGAUCCUGGUGAGCUCACCAUCGAUAAGGGCCCCGAGCUCGACGAGCUGAAACAAGCGGACGAGCACCUAGGGCAGGUGAUGACGGCGUGCUUCUCGCUGCAGGACGAGCAGUGCCCCGCGGAGGAUGACCUCAGUGGAGGCCCUGGCGACGGCGAGGUGCAGCCCGAGCAGCGCGCCGAAGAAGUGGCGUCUCCUCCCGGCGACGCAACCAGGGUGAACUGGCGCGGGCUCGCUGGAGGGGCCUUCAAAUGCGAAGUCUGUGAGAAGAGUUACGCACGAGCGGAUCAUCUUAAGCGGCAUAAAAGGUAUCACACUGGUGAAAAGCCUUUCAAGUGUGAUGUUUGUAAAAUGCGUUUUACCGAGAAAGGCACUCUUGUUGCUCACAUGAGGACACACACUGGUGAAAGGCCAUACAAAUGUGACGUAUGUAAAAUGCGUUUUACUGAGAAAGGCACACUUGCCAAGCACGUGAUGCGACACACUGGUGAAAAGCCCUUCGAGUGUGACGAAUGUAAAAUGUGUUUUACCGAGAAAGGCACUCUUGUGAGGCACAUGAGGACACACACUGGUGAGAAGCCUUUCAAGUGUGAUGUUUGUAAAAUGCGUUUUACUGAGAGUGGCAGCCUUGUCAAGCACGUGAGGAUACACACUGGUGAAAAGCCCUUCGAGUGUGACGAGUGUAAAAUGCGUUUUGUUGAGAAAAGCCAUCUUGUGAGGCACAUGAGGACCCACACUGGUGAAAAGCCAUACACAUGUGAUGUGUGUAAGAAGGCCUUUAGUCAUACAUCAAGUCUCAAUAAACACAAAAUAAUUUGUAUUUCUGUUUAAAAUUAUUUUAUUUUAAACUCUCAAACUUUGUAACCAGAAGCAGUUUUUCAGUAAGAUUGUAAUUAAUGAAGCUUCGUUCGUUUAUUGUAAUAUGUACGAAUAAAAACGAGAGUCAACAGUUUCUAUCAACAUGGGCGAAACUUCCAUUUUAUUCCUAGCUCUGUGCAUGCCGAUUUUGUGGCGUCCUUUGAAAACAUUCAUUU